AUGACUUCUCUCAGUGAAGCAAACUCCAAAUUUGGCUUUAGACUUUUCAGAGAAUUGAAGCAAAAUGCAGAGGAUAAUUUGGUCAUUUCCCCUCUGAGCAUCUCAGUAGUAAUGGCCAUGGUCUUAUUUGGAACCAGAGAGAAAACUGCAGUUCAGAUGCAAAAGGUGCUUCACUUAGAUGAAGUUACAGAAGGUGGCAAGCCAAGUGUUAGAGACAGUUCUGGUUCAACAGCAGAGGCUGUCUGUGGCACACCUGGAGAGGUCCAUUCCCAGUUCCGUUCCCUCUUGGAAGAAAUCAACAAACCCAAUGAUGACUACUCACUAGUCAUUGCUAACAGAUUAUAUGGAAGCCAGACAUUUGAAUUCCUACAGUCAUACUUAGAUGGUAUAAAGGAUAUUUACCAAGCGGAGCUGGAAACGAUGGACUUUUUACAUGCUUCAGAAGAGAGUCGAGAGAAGAUUAAUUCAUGGGUUGAGAAUCAAACAAAUGGAAAAAUCAAGAAGCUCUUUUCAUCAGGAAGUAUCAAUCCAGCUACUACCCUGGUACUGGCAAAUGCCAUUUAUUUUAAAGGAAAGUGGGACAUGAAAUUUAAGCCAGAGAAUACUCAAGAAAGAAAUUUCAGGACAAAUAAGGACAUAAGCAGGCCUGUGCAGAUGAUGAAACAGUCAGGCUUCUUCAAUAUUGGAGACAUUGAGGAAUCUCAGGGGAAGAUUCUUGAACUACCAUAUACAAACAAACAUCUAAGUAUGUUUGUGCUGCUGCCUAAUGAUAAUGAUGGUUUAGAGAAGUUGGAACAAGAUCUCACCUUUGAGAAAUUAUUAGAGUUGAUGAAUCCUGAGAAUAUGGCCCGUAAAGAAGUUCAUUUGCGUUUUCCACGGUUUAAAGUAGAGGAGACUUAUUCUCUGAGGUCCACAAUGGAAGCCAUGGGAAUGACAGAUGUAUUUGAUGAAGAAAGUGCUAACUUUUCAGGAAUGACAACCCAUAAGGGCUUGGCUGUGUCUAAAGUCAUGCACAAGUCCUAUGUGGAGGUGAAUGAAGAGGGCACAGAAGCAGCAGCUGCUACCGGUGUUGUGGUUGGGUAUAAUUCUUCUAGAAGGGAAAUAUUCAAUUGUGAUCACCCAUUUCUCUUUGUCAUUCGACAUAAUAGAAGCAAUAGCAUUCUCUUUUAUGGUAGAGUUGCUGCUCCUUGGUAA